AUGGCUUUUGCAAGACACCUCUCCCUGUUCGAGUCACUGCUUUUCGUGCUCAUCCUGGCGCUGUCAAUGAAGAGCUCAGCCUGCGGGACGCCUGUACAUCAUAAAGGCAACAGAGAAAGUGCCUCUCUGAACCCGGGCAGGAAUUGCUUGAACUCGAAGAAUACUGAAUUCCCCCGCCGUGUGAAGGUGGAUGUACGCUUCAGCAACCCAAACCCGGCUACCGAAGUGGCUUCCGAUGUCAACAACCGGUCACUGUCUCCUUGGGAUUACAGCAUUGAUGAGGAUCACAACCGGUUUCCCCAAAGGAUCUCUUUGGCCAAAUGCCGGUCUCUCACCUGUGUGAGCUCCACAGGGCAGCAGGACUUCAGCCUGAACUCUGUCCCCAUUCAGCAGAUCCGCGUCCUUCGACGGGAGCAAGGAGAGUGCUCAAACUCCUAUCGGCUGGAGAAGAAGCUGGUCACUGUGGGAUGCACCUGUGCCCGGCCACUUGUCCAAUACCAAUCUUAA